GAUCUUGUGCGCACGUCGUUUCGUUCGUUCGUUCUGCCAACACAGAACGAUUUGGGAAAAAUUGCCUCUUGAGUUUUUCUAGCGUGUCGUCGAGCGAGCUUUUGAGUUUGAAAAUUGAUUUACCCGCGUUUGGAAAAUCAUUGCAAAGGCCAAAAAGUGUGCGGACGUAAAACGCGGUGGAGAAAAAGCAAGCUCUUUUCCAAAAGGGAGGCAGCACCUUUCGGUUUGUUUGUUGUAGGAUACGAAGUGUUUUCGAGCAGGGCAAGAGUAAUCCCAGUUGAAAUCGGUAUCCUUUUUUAUGUUGUGUUCUCCAAGCAGCGAGAGUGUGCGUUGUGUGUGUGUGCGUUGAUGUUUCCAUAUGCGUUGUGAGAGCGGUUCGAUGCAAUGCGCAGAAGGCGUGUGUAUUAGUGAAGCAUCGCAAACGGGAAGAAUCUUCCUUGAAGUUUGAUAGAAAAAAAAGGAAAAGCUGAAGAAACCAAAAUAUAUCUCGCAGUUUACGUUGCGUCGCCACGGUCCCGAUUUGAUUUGUUUUGAUUUGGUGCAGGUGUACAAGCAGGAAAAGCAGGGUUAAGCCGUUAGUGCAUUAGUUUCGCCCGAGACUCCUGUUCGCAGCCUGCUUUGUGUGAUAAAGUGUGUUCAAGUGUUUGGUGAAGUGUCGAGAAAAAGGGCUUAGUUUGUAAAAAGUUGUGUCUGCAAUCGGCGGCUGUGCUUUCGAAGUUUGCUUGCGAAGAUAGCGAUCCGUUUCUUCAGCCCGCCAUCCGGUGGAAAAUAGUGCUUUUUGUAGAGGAUUUUUACCAACACCCUCCCCAGGCCCCGUGGGGUGUUUCGUUUUCUCUACCUUCGCAUCGAUUGCCUUCGUCCCUUCCACCAGUGCGAUUCCGCGCGCGCCACCCUUCGGUGAGUGCGGAUCCAACUGUAUCUCGUACACAAUAGGCUCGAUCGAGGCAAACAGCGACACUACGGAGACCAACGGAACGAACGUCGUCGAAAGCAUGGUUAAACGAACGGACGGCACAGAGUCUCCGAUAAUAGCCGAGGGUGAUGCAGACACAGAUAAGCCUCGAAUGAGAUACGGCGAGCUGGUGAUACUAGGAUAUAAUGGCUGUCUACCACAGGGCGAUCGGGGCCGCCGUCGGUCAAAGUUCGUCCUACACAAGCGCACCGAACCGAACGGCGUCAAGCGCUCGAAACACUACAUCGUCCAGUCGCCCCAGACGUCGCAGGCCAUCCUGGACGCCAAGCAGCACUCCAUAUCGUACACACUGUCCCGCAAUCAGGCCGUCAUCGUAGAGUACAAAGAGGACCAGGAUACGGACAUGUUUCAGGUUGGCCGAUCAUCUGAAUCACCGAUAGAUUUCGUCGUCAUGGAUACGCUACCCGGCGACAAAAAGGACGCCAAGGUACUGCAGAGCACGAUUUCACGAUUCGCUUGCCGGAUUCUGGUGGAUCGAACCGAUGGCAACAAGGCACGGAUAUACGCAGCGGGCUUCGACUCUAGCAGAAACAUAUUCCUCGGGGAAAAGGCAACCAAAUGGCAGGACAAAGUCGAAAUCGAUGGUCUCACAACGAACGGCGUGCUGAUCAUGCACCCCAAGGGUGAAUUCUGCGGUGGCAACGCGGACCGUGGCCAGUGGCGCGAGACGUCGGUCGGCGGGGACGUGUUUAGCUUGCGAGAGUGCCGCUCGGCACAGCAAAAGGGCCAGCAGGUGUACGACGAAACCAACGUCCUGCAGGACGGCACACUGAUCGAUCUCUGCGGCGCGACGCUACUAUGGCGCUCGGCCGAAGGUUUAGGGCAUUCGCCGACAAAGAAAGAUCUUGAAAAGCUAGUAGACGAAAUCAAUGCCGGCCGGCCGCAGUGUCCGGUCGGUCUCAACACAUUAGUUAUUCCUAGAAAAGUGUCAUUGGGUGAUCACGUCAAUCAGCCUUACGUCUAUCUUAACUGUGGUCAUGUUCAGGGUCAGCACGGUUGGGGUCAGGACAAAAAUACCAAUGCCCGGCGGUGUCCGAUGUGUCUGGAGGUGGGCCCCGUCGUCACGCUGUGCAUGGGAGUGGAGCCUGCAUUUUACGUCGACUGCGGUCCGCCGACGUAUGCAUUUAACCCGUGUGGUCACAUGGCCACGGAGAAGACGGUCAAGUACUGGGCAAAUGUCGAUAUACCUCACGGUACCAACGGUUUCCAGUCGGUGUGCCCGUUCUGUGCGACCCCGCUAGUAGGUGCUCCCGGUUCCGGUUACAUAAGGUUGAUUUUCCAGGACAAUUUAGAUUAAUUUCGUCCGCAUCGUCUUUGUCGUCGUCGUCGUCGUCAUCUCGCCGUCGUCAUUACUGUUCGGUGUCUGCUAGGUCAUGUUUUUUUUUCGUUUUUCGUGCUAAGUUUUACGCAAUGCUGCACCCGAUGGGAAAGUAAUCCUGCCUUAUCCUGGAAAGCUUCUUUUAGUCUCGCCGUUCGCUAAACACGCUCUGAAAAUGGUGGCGUACCCCCCAAAGUCAUCUUUGUCGCCAUGUUUGCGUUCCUCAUUCUCGGGACUUUUUUGGCGGACGCCGGAAUAGGUCCAUCAAGUGCACUAAAACAUGGUUCAGGGAUCGUUGGCGCCACCAACUGUAUCGAUAAAGCAGAAAUCCUCUUAAAGCUGUAAUUGGAACAACCCCGAAUGGGUUUUGGAACCACAAAACGUUUGUUUAAACCGGCUCCGUUCAAACCGGUUUCGUUCAAUCCGGUUUCGUUCAAUCCGGUUUUCAAAAAAACUUUGCAUAGUGUCUCAUAGAUGGCGCUGAAGGAUCUGCACAUUGAAAUCUUGCGUCUCUGCAAUAUUUCACGCUUGAGCUCGUAUUUUUCUAAAUUGUACUUGAUGGUUUUGUUGGAUACGUUAGCUAGUUUAUGUUUUUAAAAGAUUUUUUUUUAUCUUUGUUUAUCUUAUGUCAUCACCGUGCGCUGCGUGAAUUCUUCAACAGCAUUAAACUAGCCCGUGUGAAGGUGAAGAACAUUGUUAGAGCUGAUGGGCGCUGGUCGAGUCAGUUGCAUGUCGAAUGUUUGUGUAAAAUAAAAGAUUUAAUUUUAGUGAAUUCUUAGAACAACCCUUUCCGUGCUGGCAUUGCUUUUGGCGUAUUUUUCAUGUAUUCUUCAGCCAUUGAAAGUGGUUAAUUUACAUAUUACUGUUCAUUUAAAGCGAGAACGCGCUGCAUCGAAAGUGUAUUAACGGUACCAAACGAACCGGACAGCGUACGACUUGGUGCGAUCAAUUUGUUACGGUUUUAUUUCAAUGUAUCGCCUUGUGUAGUUUAAAUUAAAUUCUCUUUGUAGCUCACAGUAAGAUAUAUGGAAGAAUUCGUAUUGUUCUCGCGUUCUAUAGCGUUAGUUAUAUGCGAAAAGUAAAGAGAGAAGAAUACAGCAACAAAACAAAGGAAAGCAAAAGGCUACAUGGGACCGGGGGGAAAGUAAGCCAGCCCUCUGCUUAAAGGUACUACAUGUCCCGUUAAAUCCCGGCUUCUUUCAUUGUGCCGCCAGCUUGGCAAUUGGACGCGUGCAGGCAGACGUAGGCAGAAUAAGGAAAACGUUGAUCGUUGGUCCCGUGGACGUAACGACUUCAUCAUUUCGAUCUUCGGUUAGCUUUAGAGUAAAUGUUAAUGAAUUUUGCUUGCAGAUAUGGUAUAUUUUGUGUUUAUUUUUAUCUCUAAAAUAAGGGACCGUAGUUUGUAGUACAUCGGGACUCAUAGAACCCAAUGGAUCGUUUCAUGCAGCUAUAGCUAGUUUUCAUUCGUACAUUUUUAAUCGAUACAAGAAAAAAGAAACGAGUGAGAUUCAACUUUCUCCGUUCGUUCUGUUUCUUAUUCAUUUCGUUUUUCACUAGUUUAGCUCCGUUUCGUCACCGUUUAAUGCUUUACGAUGGGAUGUCUUGAAUGGUUGUUUCUGUGGCAAAAUGUAGAGUGGUGAGAAAACCCCCUUUGUUAUAAGUUUUCGUUUAAAACUAAAUUGAUACCGCAUGCAUCCGGGUGGCAAAAGGUCUAUGGCGAGCGUAUGUGAAAUGAAUUUACGAGUGAUUGAACAAAGUUUAAACUUUAAGAACGCCGAGGGAAAACACGGGACGAAUAGAAGUUAGUGAAAUAUGUUCUAAAGCCGUUUCUGCAAGCAGCUAUUGCUUCUCUUUCUCGAUGGAACGUUUCCGAAAGCGAAUCGAAAAGCAUGGAGUUGGAUGGGGCUCCGGACAAAAAAAAAAAACAAACAAGAAAGAUUGAAGAAAACUUCAGAAAAACACAAAUGACCCCGUUGUCGAAUGACCGUGUAUAUACA